CGCCUUGACUUGUAUUUUUAUUUUGUCAUUUACAAUUCUUAAAAUUAAAUAAUUUUCGGUUAAUAAAUUUUAUAUGUAUGUAUUUAAAACCAAUUUUUUUCAAAUCAUUGAAAAAUGCAAAGAGUUAAACCCGAAUGGUCUAAAUCGUACAUAAUACGGCCGCGCAAUCAUCUACAGUCCCAUGUGCUUCUCUACGAGAAAUCUCGUUUUAGGACUUCAUAUGAAAAUGAGCGUUGUCCUGCACCCAUGAAUUUACUUAUCGGUUGGGAAUAUUCACGCCAGUGGCUCAAGGAGAGGGAUGAAUUUGUGAGGGCUCGUUUUAACAGCAUUAAACCGAAACGUAUUAAAAAUGAUUAUCAAACCUGGCUGGAGAAACGUAAACCGCGGAUAAAUGAAAGUUGUAGACCGCAAGGUGUUAAAAAGUUGCUAAUUACAACAAAAGGAGUUAAAAAUGCUGGUGCUAUAAAGGAAAGUUAGGAUUUUGAUACAAUAUAAUAGUAUUUUAUAGCCAAACAUUUUUUUCAAUAUGAUUUCUGUAUCAAAUUUGUUGUC